AUGUUUCUAUCAUUCGAUGAAACGUUCAACACACUUCCACCUACAUGUAACCAAACAUAUCAGAAUGUUGAAUGUUAUUCAGAUAUUGGUUUUGAUUAUGUAUCAAAAACAAUCGAAAUUAAAUUUGGUGAACAAAGUAGAAACGGUAGUAGCGCCUCAUCAGAUGACUAUUACACAUCACAAGAAACAGAAAUGUGGUUUGAACCAUAUGAUCUUCAGUGGACGGUAUUAAAACAUAAAUGCUAUCAUGGCGAUUUGUGUGAUUUUGAAUAUGCCAAAAUGAAAGUGUUUCAAAUGCGUAAAUUAACAAUGAAUUUUAAUCAAUUUCAAGAGAGAUUGUCGUCUGCUUUGUUCACCGCAGGUUCAGGUAUCGGUGAUAUUCGUUGUUUAUCGACAGAUGGUCUAAUUUUAACAUGUGGUGAAAAUAUUAAGUCGUGCAGUUUAAAUAUUGAUAAUGUUAAUAGAAAUGAAACGCAUCAGGGUUGUUCGUCGCCAGCUGAUGAUCGAUUGCCAAAACAGUUGGGGAUCAAAGAAGAAACAUCGUAUUAUCUCAACGAACCAUUUCAAAUCGCUGAACAAGCUCACGGUGUUUUUCAAUAG